UGAGCCACUCAAGACAUUUCGAAAUUCGGCCCGCCAUUUCCUUUCCUAUCGAAAUAGAAGGUCACCACUCACCAAAUCGACUGAUCGAAACCCUAAAAUCAAUCUCGUUGUUCGAUGAAUGCGUGAUAGUACUGAAUUUCCAAAUUGAGGAGGUCCUAUCUGCAUUUGAGGUUUGGUUAGAACGUCCGCAGCAAUGACUUUGGGCAAUCUCAACAAAGUAUGGGAAAUCAAAACCCUAAAGCGGAAACCCAAAGAGGAAGAGGCACGAAAGAUUUUAGACAGAAUUGCAAAUCAGGUUCAGCCCAUCAUGCGUAAGCAUAAUUGGAGGGUCAAAGUACUCUCUGAAUUCUGGCCAAAAAAUCCUGCACUACUAGGCGUGAAUGUAGGGCGUGGUAUACAUGUCAAGCUGAGACUCAGGAGGUCAAACAGAGAUGAGGAAUUUCUUCCUUACCAUGAAGUUCUGGAUACAAUGCUGCACGAGCUGUGUCACAAUGUUCAUAGCCCUCAUAAUGCUAGUUUCUACAAGCUCUGGGAUGAGAUUAGGAAGGAGUGUGAAGACUUAAUAAACAAGGGGAUCAGUGGAACAGGACAAGGAUUUGAUCUUCCUGGAAGGCGUUUGGGUGGAGCCUCUCAUAAACCCCGUCAGUCAUCUCUUCGCCAUGUUGCACGUACUGCUGCAGAAGAUAGAGCGCGUCUUCAGUCCUUGCUGCCUUCAGGACCUAACAAAAUUGGUGGUGAUAGCUCUGUUAUGUUUGCCCUGAGUCCUGUUCAAGCUGCUGCUAUGGCAGCAGAAAGAAGAAUGCAGGAUAAUAUAUGGUGUGGGUCAGAAUUCUAUGAUUUAACUGGAGAUGACGACUGUACUGAUUUAAUGAAGGAUGGUGUUCCAGAUAAACCAUUCUGUUCUAAAAUUUCAAAAACUGCAUCUAAUGAACAUGAUAUGAAUGUAAAAUCGCUGAAAAGAAGACGAGAUUCGGAUGAAGUUUCUUUAGUCCAGUCUGGUGAGGGACAACCAAAGCCUAUUUUAAUAGACCUGACAAAUACAGCUUCAGAAAAUCGGUCAACGUGCUAUCCACAUAAAAUGCAUCCUAGUAAAGAUUACAUUAAAGAUUCACACGGAGAAGCUUCAGUGUCAUCAUCCCUUCCUAGCCAUGACCAAAUGCAUGAAAAUAGUUCUGGCACAUGGCAAUGUACAACAUGCACUUUGUUGAAUCCACCGUUGGCCCCAAUAUGCGGCCUCUGCACAGCAGAAAAGCCCAAACUAGAUAAGAUGAAAAGUCAUAGGUGGUCCUGCAGAUUUUGUACUUUGGAAAAUGAUUUGAAGAUGGACAAAUGUGAUGCGUGUGGGUCCUGGAGAUAUUCUUAUGGUCCACCUAUUGCUACUUCAGCACCCAAUCUUGGAACAUGAGAUAUUCCCCCCGUUCAUUGGAAGUAUAAUGGGAAACCGAAGCAAAAGUGGGCAUUGUUCAUAUGUUUUUCUUUCAGCAUCCUUUUACUAUACGUGACUGUCUAGGUUCCAUGGUAAAUUUUGCCUCUGUUUUUUGGCCAAGCCAGGGAUGUAAGUUGUUAACAUGCAACCAAUCUUGGAAGAACUAUGCAUCAUUAGAAUAUGCAGAUAUUUAUUUCCAUCAA